AGAGGGUGCGGCUGCAUGACUAAUGAUCACGUGACUCAUGUGAUGUCAUCCUCUACGCUCUUCCGGGUGUUUUCCUGUGGCUCGACUGUGACAGAGAACUAACGCAGUGUGCUUGUUGUGUUAAAACUCUAGUUUUGCCGAAAUGAACCGUAUAUUCGGCAGUGGGAAACCCAAAGCUCCCCCUCCAAACUUGACGGACUGCAUAGGAAAUGUUGAUUCUCGGGCUGAGUCCAUUGACAAGAAGAUUGCCAGACUAGAUGCUGAACUUGUAAAAUACAAGGAUCAGAUGAAAAAGAUGAGAGAUGGACCCUCAAAGAAUAUGGUCAAGCAAAAGGCAAUGAGAGUUCUGAAGCAGAAGAGAAUGUAUGAGGGCCAGAGAGAUAAUCUCAUGCAGCAGUCGUUCAAUAUGGAACAAACAAACUACACAAUCCAGACCCUUAAAGACACUAAAACCACAGUUGAUGCCAUGAAAAUCGGCCUCAAGGACAUGAAGAAGGCAUACAAGAACGUGAAAAUUGACAAGAUUGACGAUCUUCAAGAUCAGCUGGAGGACAUGAUGGAGGAUGCCAAUGAGAUCCAGGAAGCACUGAGCAGAAGCUAUGGUACCCCUGAAAUUGAUGACGACGACUUGGAAGCAGAGCUGGAUGCUUUGGGAGAUGAGCUCCUAAUGGAUGAGGACAGCUCCUACCUUGAUGAAGCUUCAUCAGCUCCCUCCAUCCCAGAGGGCAUGCCUGGAGACAAGUCAACCAACAGGGAUGGUGUUCUGGUGGAUGAGUUUGGCCUUCCUCAGAUUCCUGCUACAUAGAGGAGCAAUCAGAGCAUACACUGGUUAUACAUGUAUCAUAGCCUUUUUACUAUUAAUCCAAGUGACACUCCCAUCCUGACGGAGACUAAAACCAGACAUCCUUAAUCAAAGACUCUGAUUAUUAUUCUAUGGGUGAGCUAUAUCAUAUAUAUGAUGUGAUUUAUGGAAUUGGGACUCUCUUAACUUUGUACAGUUUCUAUGGCAUUGAGUUGCCAAGAACAAAAUAAAUUAUAUUUUUCAAACAAUA